GACUUCCAUCCCUGCUCGCGUGCAGGGCGGUGUUACCGUUGCCCUGGACGGAGGGCAAAAGUACACAACUCGAGGUAGGGCAACAGCUCUGUUCACUGUCUAUAUAUCUUCUACCAGAUUCUUCGUUCUUGCCUCAGACUCUCAACCUCAGUCACUUGGUUCUACUUUCUCCAUUUGAAAUUGUCUUCAUCCCAUCUACCAUGAUGAAUCCUCAGAUGCCUCCUCAGCCCCCCUACCAUGGCUCUGGUCAGUUGCCUCAACCGCAUCAGAAUGUUGGACAACAGCGACCAAUGCCCAACGGUCAACAACCCACGUUCGCCCAGCAGAAAGGUAACCAAGGACAACAACAAUCUUCGAAUGUAUAUGCCAUCUACGACCCACAAGUAGUUCUGUUCACACUGGAGAAGCCGAAAGGCGUCGAAGCUUGGGAAGACGUCAUUCCCGAACAGCAACGUGUCGCUCUCCAAGAGAUUCAGAAUGAUUUGAUCAAGUUCCGCCGUGCCCGUGGAAACGUGAAGCGCGUUAUGCAGGAGAUACCAUCUGUCAACUGCCGCAGACUCAUCAACGAGCUCGUGGAGGAACAGAAUCGGGAGUUGUGGAAGUACACCCACAGUCUUCAAUACACAAUUGCCUGCGUACAAAUCGAAUGGAAGAACAUCAACCGCAAGCAACGACAACUCAAGCGUGUGGAAGUAAUCUUGGAGACUGAGCCAUCUGGAUUUCGGGAACCUCAAGGACCUAAGACUGGAUUAGGCGUUACUGGAAACUCUCAUGUCGCACAGGACUCCAACCGUACUAUGAGACCCAACAGCAUGCCACAAGAUCAACAGUUUCCGGGGAACAUGAACAACUCAUUGCACAAUACGGGUCAGCCAAGAAGCAAUCCACAACAAGGACCACCUCCAGGACAAGGGCAACACUUCGAACUCCCACCGAUGCGCAUGCCACAGCCCCCACCCCCACCUGGACCACCAAGCCAAGGCAAUCCUCACGGUCCGCCGCCGCCGCCGCCGCCGCCACCACCACCUCAAAGCAAUGGAGCUCGUCCUCCUCCACCCCCAAAUCAAGGGCAAACAUAUGGACCUGGGAACAUGGGAGCACCACCCCCUCCUCCGCCACCCCCUCCUGGGCCACCUGGGCCACCUGGACCUCCUACAAUGCAUGGCCCUCCUCCUGCGAUGCACGGUCCUCCUGGGAUGACUGGAAUGGCUGGAAUGGCUGCAAUUAAUGGACCUCCCGGAGUCAUAAGGGGUAUGCUGCCUCAACAAGCCCCUCCUGUCCCACCGCCAGCCAGACCGAUGCCCGGAUCCUUCCCGGAAGCAGUGUCUGGCUAUGGCAUGAACCAACGACAGCACAACGGCCCACCGAUCCAAACACUCGAUCCUCGCCUGUUCAAGGAGCAGAAGUCAAAACAUAGAAGCAGUCGUCGUGACGAGACCUCCUCUGAGUCGGAGGGCGAGUGGAACUCUGACCUUGGUAGUUCAGGUUCUGAGCGGUAUCAUGUGCACAAUGUUGAGCAGGGCGACUAUGGAUUCAUCGAUCGGUAUUCACGACGCUCGAAUGGAUCCCGGAGAUCACGACGAAACGGCUCUCGCAGCCGAAGCCGAAGCCAGAGCUGGACGCGAUCUCGACGAGCCACGGACCCCCACAAAGAGUCAUCCUCACGAAGACGACGAGAGUCUCAGUCGAUUGAUAUGGGCAAGCACAGCCCGUCAUCUUCCAAGAGCAGCUCGCCCCGACUUCCACACAGCCAAGUCCACAUCCACCUCAACGCAAACGGCACAGCCAACGAGCACAAACACAAGCGCGACCACGACCACACCCGAGACCGACGAGCCAGCUACCCCACCCCCCCAACAAACUACCACAAACCCACCACUUCCCAGCCCAUGUCCCGCGACUCGUCCUGGAGCCAAGGCAGCGACACAGCCUCCUACACCAACGCAUCAUCCACCCACACAUCAGAAGACAUAAUCUUCGACGAGCCCCUGCACUCCCCCUCGCUCUCCCAACGCGCGCGCCCCGAACCCAGCAGCGCCCUCCGCCGCACCCCAACCCACCGCCCACACUCAAGCUACAUCUACGACACCACAGACCAGCAGCAUCAAAAGACGCGCUACCCCCCCACAAACGCAACCGCAACCGCAAACGACUACCCCCACAUCCACGUCCACAACCCACACUCCCGCCCCGCCCUCCCCCACCGCCGCAUGAGCACAAGCAUGAACAUGAACAUGCAAGCCCCACACGCCCCCCGCUACCCUCCCCGUAGCUUGUCUUACACUGCAGAUGUGCACGACUCCCACCAUCACCCCGCUGCGUCGUUCCACCAUCACCGCUUGUCGGCACAGGACGAACAGCUUAAUAUGCGCGAUAUUAGGGAGGCGCUGGAAUUUAUCCAGGAGUCGCGGAGGGUGCCGCUUAGGAGGGGUACGGAGGAGAGGGAGAGGGGGAGGAGGGCUGCGGCCGCGGGUGGGGAUGAGUGGGAGGAUGGACAUGGAUUGGGGUUUGUGGAGAGGGGCCGGUGGAGUGGGUUUGGGUAUUGA